AUGGGCUAAACCUGUACAAUGAAUACUUGUUGUACUAAGGAAGAGAUUUUAACUAUAAAAAAUUCUGGUAGAUCUCUAGAAAUCUAAACUAAAAAGUCAAAACAUUCUCAACAAAUAAAUAAAGAAGAAGAAAAAGUUGAGAAUAAAACAUAAAAAAAGAAAAGUGAUACUGUUUCUGAUUUAAUGGCAUCAUCACAACAUAGUAAGAUGUCCAUUAAGUAAAUUGAAAAGAAUCUUCCAAUUCAAAUUUAAGAUGCAAAUUAAAAUCCUAUUAUACAAAAGACUGUAGGAGUAGGAGAGAGAAUUAAGCUUUCAGUAAAAAAUGAUAUAAUAUCUAGGUAAUAUUAUUACCAAAUGGUGCAUAAUAUGAAGGAGAAUGGUUAGAAGGCAAGAGAGAUGGAUAUGGAAAAUAAUCUUGGCCAGAUGGAUCUAUAUAUGAAGGAGAAUGGAAAGAAGAUAAAUCUUGUGGAAAAGUAAAAUUGAAUAAAUAUAAAUAGGGAAAACUUAUACAUGCUGAUGGAGAUGUUUAUGAUGGGGAUUGGGUAGAUGAUGCUGCAAAUGGAUUAGGGACUUAUGUACAUGUUAAUGGGGCCAAAUAUUAAGGAGAAGUAUAGGUUUUAACACAUUAGUAAGUGGUUAAAUGAUA